CCGAAAGAGAAAGACGUGGUCGGAGCUUUUCUGACUUUCACCUUUGCGCAUUCAGCCCGGAUUCUUUCCCUUCGUCAUACCUCACCUGCCUAACCCACACCAUUGCCAUCAUGAAGGCGCAUCAGCUCAGGCUCCUCCGGAGUCUGGCCUUCGACUCUCAGCCGCGGCGAUGUGCCAAUUGCGCUCAACGCAUCCGUCAGUUCCACGCGAUGGGUCCAUUGCUGCAAGAACAACAAGCACAGCGCGAGACAGCAGCAUCCCCCGCCGAAGAAAAACCACGCGCACCGGCUCCAUCUCAGAUCAUUCACCGCCCAACUGGCAAGUUGCCAACGUCGCCUGGCGAGCACUGGAAACAUCCGGGCUACAUCGAACCGCUUGGCCGGCCCAUCGGCCACGACGCGCCUCCUCAAUUCCACGACAACGCCCCCAUCGAUAUGCGCGACUUCCAGCAGCGUUACAGGGAUUUUGUCAGCAAGGAGCGCAAUCUUGAAAAGCGCGAGAAGCUGAAGAGCCAGCUUUCUCGGCCAUAUUUCCGCGACUGGAGCAACCUCAAGUUUGAGAAAGGCAAGCUAUGGUUGGGAAAUGAGAAGCUGUGGCGGUCGGAUAUGAGCCUGUGGAUGCCGAAUUUGGUGGGAAGGACGCUGAGUGGUGAGGCCUACAAGGCGACGACCGAAGUGUUAAAGGGCAAGAUCAGCCUGCUGGCAGUGUUCCAGAGAGACUGGGCGCAAAAGCAGGCCGAGACGUGGUUCUCGCCCAACCACAACGCCAAGGUUGCAAAUCUGAUUGAAGACGGAAGAUUGAACUUGGUACAAGUCAAUGUUGAAGAUGCACCAUUAGCCAGAGCGGUGCAGAACAUGUUUCAUUGGUUUAUGCGCAGGAGCAUGGACAAAAGGAGACAGGAAAACUACUUCUUCAUCAAACAAGUCCCGGACAGCGUUGUCGAGGAGAUUGGUAUUUUGAAUUCGAGAGUAGGCUAUGUUUAUCUGGUAGACCAGGAUUGCAGAAUCAGAUGGGCGGGUUGCGCCGAAGCCAACGAGAGAGAAAAAGAAGCGUUGUUCAAGGGAGCAGAGACCUUAAUCAGGAGGCUGGAACAGUCGAAGUCAACGGCCGGUCAAUGAGAUUCAAAGUCUCUGUCUUGACGUUUGGGUCUCUGGCCUAUUCUCUGCUCGAGACGGGCUCACCGAGCAGCUUAAAUGCAUCACACAGGCGCUGCAUUAGAUAAACUUAGGCAGGACACGAAGGGCCAUCUCAUUGCUCAGGCGGUCCGACCCACGACGAAAAAAUAAAUUGCCGAACCUAUCGAGUUUGGCCUCAAAUCAUAACUGAGCCUCAUGCAUAAGUCAUGUACCUUCAUCUCCGAGCUCCCAUUUGUCGUCCCAUAAAAUCUCCUGGCUCAUUGCAAGGUUCAAAAGCCAGUCUGGCUUGCAAAUGACCGGUAUCAUAUCCGCCUUCUCCGCCAUCAGUCUGAAUUUAGGCCACAAUGCUCGCUCUACCGGACUCUCCCCGCUCAGCAUGUAUAGUGUCUCCUUGGUUUCUUCUUGGCUCUCCACGUCCUUACGCUUCCUAACCUGCAUCUGCGUGCGACCCUGAUAUCUCAAACAUGCCCCGCCGUUCGCUUCGAUAAUUUGUUUAAACGUUUCGAACCCGCCACGAACCUGCUCGGUACAGA